AUGGAUGCAUCAAAAUAUAUAUAUUUAGAUAUCAAAAUUGAAAAUCAUCGAUUGGGUAGAAUAGUCAUAGAGCUAUUCAAGGAUAAAGCUCCUAAAGCUACUUAUAACUUCUAUCACUUAUGCAAAGGUGAUAAACAAAUAGACGGGAAACAAUUAACUUUAAAAAAUAAUAUUUUCCAUCGUGUUUUCAAGAAUUUUAUGAUACAGGCGGGCGAUAUAGUUUAUGGAUCUAUUCCAACGGAUAGUAAUGUUACCACAGAGCUAAACAAAGAGACUUUAGGAAAAGGUGGUUGUUCAAUAUACUCCAAAAAAUGGCCAUUGAGUUGUGAAAAUACUGGUAUCGAUAAUGAAACUUCCUCGGCUGUUUCUGGAAAUUUUGAAGACGAAAAUACAGGCGAAUUCACCUCGAGUAUGCUUGUAGCAAUGGCAAACGCAGGUACUAAAGAUACAAACUCAUCACAAUUUUUUAUUACCACCUAUCCAUCUCCUCAUUUGAAUGGUAAACAUUCUGUUUUUGGUAAAGUUAUUCAUGGCAAAUGUGUUGUUCGAAACAUAGAAUCAGUUGAUGUUGACAAGUCUGAUGGCGUUCCUUUGAAAAAUGUUAUUAUUGAAGAUUGUGGAGAAUGGAAUGAAUCUAUGGAUAUACCAUUCUAUAAUGGAUGCAAUGAUACAAUUGGCGGCGAUAUUUAUGAGGAAUAUCCGAUUGAUGAAACAAGAAUAAAAGAAGAUGAUUUUAAUGAAGCCUACAGGAUUUCUGAUAUCAUCAAGAAUUCAGGAUCAUUGCUUUUCAAAAAAAGGGAUUAUGAAAAUUCAAUUUUCAAAUAUUUAAAGGCUGUAAGAUAUGUUAAUGAAUAUAUUCCUGAUCUAGACAUGGAUAAAGAAAACCAUAUCAAAUUUUUCAAUUUAAAAGUUAAAAUAUAUUUAAAUAUUUGUUUCUGUUUUUUCAAUUUAAAAGACUUUAAUAAUGCAAUCAAAUAUUCGGCCUAUAUACUCGAAUUGGAUGAAACAGUAAAUGAUAUGGAUUUAGCUAAGGCAUAUUAUAGACGUGGAAAUUCUUAUUAUGCUCAAAAAAAGUAUGAACUGGCUUUAAAAGAUUAUAAAAAUUGUAAAAUUAAAAAUCCAGAUGACAAAGUUGUGGAUCAAAAAAUUGAAACUGCAGAAAAGUUGUUAAUCAAGGAGAAGGAAAAAUCAAAAAGAAACCUGGCAAAAUUUUUUGAUUGA